CUCUUCAUUAAACACAUUCUCCUACACACAUCUCUUUCCCUUGCAACAAAACUAACAUUAAAACAACACAAUUUUUCAAGAAGAAAUUAAAACUCUUCUUCAACUUUUAUUUUGAAGAGAAGAGAGCUAGGAAAUCGAUCAUUAAUAGAAAUGGCUCAAGCAAUGUUGUUGACAUCUAACACCAUACUUUCCGGCCAACCAUUGCUUCAAUCACUUAAACCUAAGCCUUUCUCCUACCACUUACUCCCACGCAACCUUCCAAACUUGUCUCCGGCCACAAAGUUUACAAGCCCGGUUGCCCUCUUUAAAUCCAAGGCAAAAGCUCCUGUCAAGAAGGCCGUAGUCUCAAAGCCGAAGGUCGAAGAUGGUAUUUUCGGCACAUCCGGAGGCAUUGGAUUCACAAAGCAAAAUGAGCUCUUUGUUGGCCGAGUCGCUAUGAUUGGUUUUGCUGCAUCUUUAUUGGGAGAAGGAAUAACCGGAAAGGGAAUCCUACAACAACUUAAUUUGGAAACCGGAAUUCCAAUUUAUGAAGCUGAGCCACUUCUUCUCUUCUUCAUCCUCUUCACUCUCCUUGGAGCCAUCGGAGCUUUGGGUGACCGUGGUCGGUUUGUUGAUGAGCCCACCACCGGACUUGACAAAGCCGUCAUUCCUCCAGGAAAAGGAGUCCGAGGAGCAUUGGGUCUUAAAGAAGGAGGUCCUCUAUUCGGGUUCACAAAGGCGAACGAGCUCUUUGUAGGAAGGUUGGCACAAUUAGGUAUUGCUUUUUCAUUGAUAGGAGAGAUUAUCACAGGAAAGGGAGCUCUAGCACAACUAAACAUUGAGACUGGAAUUCCAAUAAGUGACAUUGAACCACUUGUGUUGUUUAAUGUUGCUUUCUUCUUCAUUGCUGCCUUGAAUCCUGGAACUGGUAAAUUCGUCACUGAUGAGGAAGAAGAUUAGAUGAAAAUGAAUUUGGGGUUUUGUAGAUUUUGAUGUAUUUAUUUGUAUUUUUGUGUGACGUAUGACUAUAAUAUUAGUUUCCAUUAAACAUUGUUAAAUAGCAAUGGAUCAAUGUUUGAUGUU